AGAUGCUUGAUCUACAUACUGUGUAUUCCUAUAAGCUGAUGAAAUUGGAGUAAUACAAAUGUAUCAGCAAAUAGCUUAUGUUAAACAAUUAAGAUAAUCAGAAAGUAGUUUAAGGAGAAAGAAACCAGAACAUACGAUGUUAAAGUUGUAUAUACAUGUUUUGCAAGGUCAAAAAUACUUUGAGAUAAAACAGUAACGUUAAAUCUACUGAAUUGUUUUACAAGUGUACAUGUUUUAGGUUUGGUUUAUAAUUUUGGAAGUGAAGUACUCGAAAACAAAGGAUAUCAACCAUGGGAGACAACGAAACAUUAAACUGUCCAUUUGAGUUGGCAGACCCGAUAGGAAAAUCUGGUGUUGAGCCGGUACUGGAACGUUAUGAGUCAGCGUUGUUGAUGAUCCUAGGAUUCGGAGGAUUCUCUAUCAUUCUGGCGUUGGUUCACAAUGCACUAAGGAAGCAUAUAUUUCAUGAUGAGCAUAAUUUAGACACCACAUUCGACGCCGGUGGUAACGUAUCUCUCAGUCUGACAGCAGUUACUGUAGCCUCCCAACUGAUAUGGCCAGGUGAUAUACUGCAUAGUGCCACACUUACAGCAAAGAAUGGGAUCGCAGGACCUUUCUGGUACGCUGUCGGAAUCAUUUUCAAUAUCUUUAUCUUCCCCAUAUUUUCCGUCCAGUUCAAAACCAGAGCACCUGGUGCCAAAACAUACCUACAGGUGAUACAUGCAAGGUUUGGUCGUAAUGCACACAUUGUUUUCUGCUGUUUUGCCUUAGUUACCAACCUCGUCAUUACAAUCGGAAUACUUCUAGCAGGUAGAGCGACCAUCCAGUCACUAACCAAGGAUGCCUCGGACGAAUUCACACUCCUUACUAUGGCCGUAUUAUUUGGCUCAUAUUCGUUGAUCGGGGGACUAGGAACAACGUUCUAUGUAUCAUAUUUCAAUGCCUGCCUUGUAUUUGUUUUACUUAUUGUAUUUGUCGUGAAGAUUUGGCACAAUACAGACGAAGAAUAUGCAAAUAUCGGCAAUGUUGAAAAGAUGUACAAUGCUAUCACAUGCAUUAAAGGACCCGAGGAAAACUACGAGCACAGUUAUCUAACCUUUAGAUCUGGUGUCGCUUUUCUGUUUGGAGUUAUCGAGGUAUUCGUAUCAUCUGCGGUGACAUACUGCGACCAGGCCUCCUGGCAGAGCCGUAUAGCCGCCAAGCCGACACAAGGUGUGUACGGUUUUCUCCUCGGGGGACUUAUGUGGUUUGCAAUACCAUCAACAAUGGCCACUACAACAGGACUGGCGUACCUUGCACUCAGUUCCGAGAACAAGACAAACCUACUAACGCAUAGUCAAAUAGAUGAAGGUUUGGUUACACCUUUGAUAGCAGAAACGGUGUUAGGGAGUGCAGGUGGGAUACUUGUUCUGACCAUGGGAGCAAUGGCACUGAUGUCCACAGGGUCGGGAGAGGUUAUGGCAAUGUCUUCUAUCAUUGUAUAUGAUAUUUACCAAACAUACAUUCGUCCAUUUAGGCGAGGAUUGACAGAAAUAGACUGUGUAUUGUGUGGUAAAAAGAAGAAAGACAUUGUUAAGAAAAAGAGCAACAAAAAUAAUGCUUCAUCACGCUGUGAGUGCCCGGAUGUCUCUUGUUGUCAGCCAUGCAAGGACGACAUGAAGGUCAGGAGUGUUCAAAAUUCCAACGGCAUCAAACCUCCAUAUAAUUGUCACACACAUGGACGAUAUAGAGAAUAUCAGGACAGUCUUAUAGGCUUCAAGGACUGGUGUAUUGUCAUGGUCACCAUCUCUAUAAUACCUAUUGGCCUAGUUGUGUUCGAAACAGGAAUUGACCUCAACUGGAUUUUCUACAGCGGAGCUAUUGUAACCAUACCCUGCUUUCCUCCAGUUAUUCUAUCAAUCAUUUGGGUAAAAGCUACUGGAAAAGGCCUGAUUUCAGGUGGAAUCGCUGGACUUUUCUGUGGAAUAACAGCUACAUUAACCGUUGCCUCAUUCUACGAGGGAGGACUUGGGGAAUUUCUACGAAAUACCGUACAAAACUAUGCUAUUUUAGCGGGAACAUGUAGCAGCUUUGGCGCAAGUCUGCUCGGCUGCAUUAUUGUAUCACUGUAUACACAUAACAUCAAGAAUGUAGAUGAUGAAAAUUUAGAAUGGCAGAAAAUGUAUGACAUUGAAAACCCACUUAAUCCAUGGGAACUAAAUUACAGAGAGGAUUUAGUGGGUUUAGAAUACGAAGGAAAGCCAACUUUUGAGCAAAUGGCGGCAACAUUCAGACGCGCAAAACUAGUGGCAUAUAUAGGGGGCGCUGUAUGUAUUGUAGCGUUUGCUAUUGUAAUUCCUGGAAUCAUGGCCAUGUUUCCCAAAAUGGAUCUUACACAGUUUUCAUUUUGGAUUUGGGGAACACAGAUUUUUGCUGUUGUCAUGGCGCUUAUUGUUGUCAUAGCACCAAUGUUUGAAGAGAUUCGCAAAAUUUUGAAGGAGUAUAGAAAGGGUUCACAUAAAAUGAACGGUGGUUAUGGACAAAUGAAUGCAAUUGUCGCAGAGAAAACGGACGAUAGUAAAACCCCUGUUACUAAUGUUUAAUUAUAUAAACGUAAUGGAGACAUUUAUAGACAAACAAAACAGUUAUACCUCUUGUGGAUAUAUACCAAUCUUGAUUAAUGCACUAACUGAUAUGAUUAGCUUAGUUAAAUGUUAUCAAGUGUGUAAAUACAGAAAAUAUUGGUACGUGUAUAAUGAAGCAGCAAUGUCGCUGUUAAAUGAUUAAGCAAAUGAAUGGUACAGCAAGAUAAGUGAAAUGAUAAAGAUGAGAUAACCAAGCAUCUGUAAGCCAUGGUUUGUUGCUUCAAAAAUAUCAUCAUAAUCCCGUAUUUAUGUAAGCAAAUCAGUGGAUAUGUUCAAUAUUUUGAUGAUAUGAUUGUGUUAGGUGUUUUGCAAAUAGUUGUAAAACCUGCUUUGUUCGUUAUGACACAUGGUGUAGCGCUAGUUAGAGGACGAUGUUCGAUAUAAUAGACAUGAUGUAAACAUAAUCAAACUUAUGUUGUUGUUUUCUAUGGCAUGUUGUCGUGAUGCCAGUAUAUCAUAAUCACAUAGUUUAGGGUUGGUGUAUUGUUGUAGCAUAUGUAUCGAUGAAUACUACACUAUAUAUAAGCAACAUAUUUUUAUGCCGGGAGCUUAGAUUUUGAAGUCAUUCUUUAGAGAACAAUUUUGAAAAUUUUCAAACUUGGAUCAGUUUGGAGCAUGUAAUACAUUUUUCUUUUGAAGUCGUAACACUCUUAUUGGAAUUAUGCGACAUUAACUAAUAUGGCUCUGAAUUCGGAAUUUAAAUUAUCCAAUAGAUGUCGAAGUAAAAUAAUUGAUAUUACCUACCAACAGAGUUUUGUGGUAACUCGUGUUUGGCAAAGUUCUCAAAGGGCUAUUGAUAUAGCUUACACACAGAUUGAGAUUGACUAUUUUCUUUAAUUGAACCAAUGAACUAACAUGCACCUUCAAAGGUGUACUUUGUAUAUGAAAGUGUGUUGUACUUUUAUAAGCAUAUAUUUGUAAAUGUAUUUUGUAAAUUUGCUAUAACGUCAUCGAUGUUAGAUUUAAAUAAAGAUAGAUAUAACCUCA